AUGUCGAUGGCUGCAGGAGAACACCAUCAAACUAUAGGGCAAUAUCAACAGCCCCAUGAGCUUGAUGAGAAGCCUCGAGGGAGAGAACGAGAUAGAGAGGGUAUGGGAGAAGGAAGUGGAACUUCCGGUCCUGGGGGACCACUGAGUAGCAGCACAGAACCUCAAACACGGAAAAGGAGGAGGAGCAGAAAGGGGAUGGAGAAAACUUUUACUUGUCCGCAGCCAGGGUGUGGAAGGGCGUAUUCGAGAGCAGAGCAUCUCUAUCGGCAUCAACUUAACCAUCAACCCAAGCAGAUAUACUUUUGCGAUUUCCCCGAUUGCAAGCGGUCAUUCGUUCGGCAGGACCUCUGUACACGGCAUCGUGAUCGGCAUACAAACCGGGGCUCUCAACUCCAGAGGAAGGACAGCUUCCUGAACAACCCCGUUGGUGCAGCUGCAAGGAAUAUUCUUCAGGAUCGGAAAAAUUCGAUGACUUCCAUGACCCAAGGGUCAUCCUCACCCGAGUCUCCAACCACCCCCAGCAUUUCGAUGAAGGCCGAAGAUUCACCGAUCAUGACACCGAAUGGGAUACAUUCUAGAGGGCCUAUGGAUAUGACCGCUUCCCCUGAAACGUCGUCGGCAACAUUGCCUGGCUCUUCAAGUGUUUCGACACCUGCAGCUGAAAAUCGGUCCAAAAUUCGCAAGAUCUCGGCCGAUCACUCGCACCCAGGUCAGCGCAUGUCAAAUGGAAGUAUUGAUGCGGGAAGAAGGUUUAGCAUGGAUUCAAGGUCACAAUCGAUUUCUGAAGCCUCGCAAAUGAACGGUAACCAAAUGUAUGCUGGUAUGAAUCAUCAGAAUCAACAGGUUUCUCAGGCCAAUAGACCGACUAUUCAAACCAUGGCUGGAACACCCAACAUGAAUGGUCUAUCCUUACAGUCGCCUUUUUCCGCAACAUCUUCAUCUUCGGGAAACCCUUAUUCUGGGCACCCAGCUACUGCCGGCGUAUCUAUGCCAAUGGCCUCAGGCGCAGCUUCGAGUCCAGGGACGUUUGUUCCUUCGACUGCAUUCGCAACAUUCUCUCUCCCUCAACCAGCUUACCCAAACCUAAGUCAGAGUAAUGCGCCGAAUAAUGGGCAUACUGGAUACAUAACCUCACCACCUACUAGCUCGUCACCUGGAGACCAACAAGGGCCUACUGGAGCUGCUACAACCUCCGCGCCGGACUUUGAUAUGAUACAGUAUACCAUCCCGAUGUUUGGCGGAGAUGGGUAUACUCGAUCCCCAAACUGGAUGGCUAACGACUUCGCGUCUUGGUUCUUCGAUGAUCCUUCAAUGGGAAUUAACUCGCAGAGGCAAGCUUCAAUACCCGGUAGCUAUGUAGAGAAUCUGAAUGCCAUGUCUCCCCAAGGUUACUAUAUGGCGAACCACGACUUCAGCGGCGGAGGUUUUUAUCCUUCUCCUUUGCCACAACAUCCAAUGUCCGUCACCAGUCUUAUCGCGCCUCCAAGCCCGCCUCAGGAAUCUCUUCUGUCAGAGCACAGAAGGCUAGAGCUGGUAGACAUAGUUGAGCAAUGGAUUAGUGCUGAUGACCUGGAUGAAAACCUCUUGAGCUUAUGCAUGAUGCAGUCGUAUAUCUCGGAUUACUGGACUCAUUUUCACCCCCAGCUACCUAUCCUUCACCGGCCAACGUUCUCUGCCGACAAGACGCAGAACUAUCUACUUAUCACAAUAAUCGCCAUUGGAGCUUCCAUGAUGGAGUACAAAAGGGAUCCUACAAUAGCAGAAGCAGCAUGUACGCUAGCGGCAAAACUGGCGGAUGGUGUCCGAUGGUCAAUAUUUGCCGAUCAGGAUUUUCGGCCUCCAGCAAAACUUUGGGUAUUUCAGGCUUUACUUCUUUUGGAGACCUUUGAAAAGAUGUUUUCGAGUAGGCAGCUUCAUGAGCGUGCGCAUAUUCACCAUGCUACUACACUCACUCUGAUGAGACGAGGAUCUUCGUUGACUGGAAGUGUAAUAUUUUCUGGUCAAAUUUCCGGAACAAAUACCCAAGACGAAAACUGGAACCGGUGGAUUGUUAGCGAGGCAACAAGGCGAGCGGCCUUUGCAGCCUUCGUUCUAGACUCGACCCACGCGACAAUGUUCGGCCACUCUGCAGUCAUGGUUGCACAUGAAAUGCGAUUACAGUUACCUUGUGACGAGACCCUAUGGGCUGCAACAAGUUUCAGCGAAGUGUGCAAAAUCGAGCAGUCUCUGAACCAAGCAGGAGUCAAGCAAACAACCUUCCUCGAUGGACUGAAGAAGACUCUGAACGGGCAGAAUGUACGAACAAACUCUUUCGGGCGAACAAUCCUCAUGGCUGGUUUGCUCAGCGUAAGCUGGCACAUGCAUCAACGAGAUCUUCAAGUGACGUCCCUCGGCGUUGCAACGCAGUUAGGCGGACAAGUUAAAUGGCGCCAAGCACUAACCAGGUCUUUUGAUCACUGGAGAAAGGAUUUUGAUGCUGCUUUGGCUGGCAUUCGGACAACUUUUGAGGGUAUGGAUUAUUUUAUUCCCUCAACUGAGGAUAUAGAGCAUGAAAAUAUCUUCGAAAGUCGAACUGUUUUGCACCACUUAGCCCACAUGUCAAUGCACAUCGAUAUAGUGGACCUUCAGAUCUACGGUGGUGCGAAACGUUUGUUGGGUCGAACUAUAACACCAAACGAUGCUGGCAUGGCUCGUAAGCGGAUGGAAACCUGGGCCCCUAGUGCGAGGGCAAGAGAUGCCACAUUUUACGCCCUUCGAUUCUUGAGUCAGGUAAUGCUGCCAGAAGAGCGAUUAGACAUGUCAUUCGACAAUGAGCAUCCAGGGACGCCGGGAUCGAUAAAGAGAAUGGCCGCAACUACAGGGGUGCCGAUAUACAACGCUCGAGAUGACCACCUUCUCAACCGACCUUGGGUUCUUUACUACGCUUGUUUAGUCGUUUGGUCCUAUGGAUUUGCGCUAGAAGGCGUCCUCAAGGGGCCCAUUCGACUUCCGACAACCAGCCAAGAGAAAUAUGCAGAUAUGAGGGCAUAUCUGAACAGGGUAGCAACUGUACCUUCGCCAGAAGGGUUGACAGAAAUUCGUGACAAGAAUGCUACUUUGGGACUAGUUAUGACUUUGCAAGAGAUGUUCCAUAAUUCGGGCUGGGAACUAUUGGACGAGGCGUCGCGAUUGCUACAGCAGUGUAUCGGGAUUUUGAUUGGAGAAGUCCCACAGAAGUGA